AUGCCCCCACACCUCCAGCAGCAAACGUGCUUUGGCACCGAUACAAGGAUGGAAUCUCCCGAAUCCGUCGCAGUCACGCUCGAUACAGUCACAGCCAACUCAGACCGCUACCGUCCGCUCCUAAGCGGCGAGCCGCAAAUGCGAAAAGUCACCGAGUCGAGAGGAAAUUCGCGGUUCGGGUCUGUCGUGUACAAGACGCAAGAGGGUCUCGAAGCUCCCUUGCUGGGCGAUAAAGCGGCCGCGGGAAGAGGCGACUCGGACUCAGACAUUGUGUAUGGGAAGGAUGUUGAACGCGCCGCGGGCGGGGUCGGCGGCGUGGGAGAAACGGAGCGCGCGAAGGGAAUACGAGGCGAGGAGGAGUAUCGGCGGAUCGAACAUCGGGGAAACAGCGGGUUUAUUGACAGCGUAUUUAACGGCAUCAAUGUUCUCGCAGGCAUCGGCAUUCUCUCAACGCCAUACGCCACGGCGCAAGCGGGCUGGCUGGGUCUGCUCGUGUUGCUCUUCUUCGCCGCUGCCUGCUGCUACACCGCCAUCCUGCUGCGCCGAUGCAUGGACUUCCGACCACCUUCAUCAACCUCCGCGUUUCCGUCCGAUUCGUCGCUUCGAUCCUUCGCGGACGACCCCGCCGCGCCGCCCUCCGCCGCCUCCGCGCGCGCCUCCGCCCGCGCGUCCGCGCGCAUCGUCCGCGCGCCGCGCCCCAUCCGCUCGUAUCCGGAUAUCGGGGAAGCCGCGUUCGGGCGCGCGGGGCGCUGGCUGACUGCGUUUCUGCUCUAUUUCGAGCUAUACGCCGUGACUGUAGAGCUGUUGAUUCUAGAGGGGGACAAUCUGGCGCAUCUGUUUCCGUCCGGCGAUAUUUGUCUGCUUCCGGGGAGCCUGGUUGGGAAGGGGGGCCGUGGAGGGAUGGAGAGCGGUGGAGUGUGGUUCCUGGAAGGAAUAGCACGAGGAGGGGGAGGAGAGAGGGGCCAAAGGGAAGGGCUGUUCGGAGCAGCAGCAGCAUUGUCAUCAGCGGUUGUGAGAGGGAUCGAACCGGCUUUAGAGGCAGUAGCGUUAGCUACAGGAGCAGGCAACCUCUGCCUAGAACCGAAGCAGUUUUACGUCAUUCUUUCCGCGUUAAUAGUCCUCCCCACCGUCUGGCUAAGAGACCUGAGCCUUCUCGCAUACAUCUCAGCUGGAGGUGUACUGGCGUCACUCCUACUAGUCUUCGGCGUGGGAUGGCUUAAAGAAGUUGACCAUAUCGGGGAUAUUCCAGGCGGCAUCAGCAGCACCACGGAAUGGUUCAAACCCAUGGGGUUACCAGCAGCAGCUGGUUUGUUCGGAUUUUGUUUCUCCGGGCACGCGGUCGUGCCGAAUAUUUACCGAUCCAUGAGGAAACCGGACCAUUUCACGCCGGUUAUGCUCGUGAGUUUCUCCGUGUGCACUCUGCUUUAUGGCGGGAUGGCUCUUAUGGGGUACGCCAUGUUCGGCUCGUCGGUGCAGUCGCAGAUCACGCUUAACUUGCCGCCGGCACUUAGUGCUUCCAAGGCUGUGCACAUAGCGUCUGCCACAGCCCUCCGGACGGCACUAGUGGCCGGCGCAGUCACUGUAGCGCUCUCCGUCCCUUUCUUCGGGCUUGUCAUGGCGUUUAUUGGAAGCUUCCUGUCGCUUUCCAUCUCUGUUAUGCUACCGUGCGCCUGCUACCUGAAGCUAAUGGGUGGGCCGUGGAGGGAAGGGGGGAGAUUAGGGUGGAGGGAGGUGGUGGGGGUGAUGGGGCUGUUUCUGAUUGGCCUGCUGGCCGCUGCUUCUGGAACGUUCUAUGCGCUUCCUCUCGCUUUCCAUCUCCGUCAUGCUACCGUGCGCGUGUUAUCUGAAGCUCAUGGGUGGGCCGUGGAGGGAAGGGGGGAGAUUAGGGUGGGGAGAGGUGGUGGGGGUGAUGGGGCUGUUCCUGAUUGGCCUGUUGGCUGCGGCUUCUGGGACGUUCUAUGCGCUGGGAGUGGUGCUUAUUUCAGGUGGAGUCUGUUGGAGCUGACUCUUGAGUCGACUCGAAAGGGACGCUGGUUUCUCCAGGUUGGCCUGCUGGCUGCUGCUUCUUGGGAGGUGUUCCGUGCUGUUAGCAGGGUUACGGGCGAGUGGUGCUGGGCGAUAGUGCUGUCGCGCAUUGGCUUGCUGGCUGCUGCUGCUACGACGCUGUAUGUUACGUGGAGGUGGAUUCUUGGCUAA